AUGGAAAAGAGAAUGCCCCAAUGGUGCUUUAAGAACAGUUUGAGGCUAUUCUUUAUUUUGUGGAUUAUCUGCUCCAGCCGCUGUCUCCUUUACUUGGUCAAAGCCCAAAACAGGAUCCCAACUGAAACUGUGCAAGUGUGGGCUUCGGAAUUCGGUGGAGAGCUGAAUUCCAUUGUGGCAAAGUAUUCGGGCUCCUUAUUGCUACAGAAGAAGUACAAAGAUGUAGAGCCCUUCAUAAGGAUUGAAGAAGUGGAUGGAGUGGAAUUGGUAAUGCAGUUUGGAGAGAAGAUGAAAGAGAUGUUACGAAGGAAAGUUGAGGCAGUGAAGAGAUUGGUUGAUGCUGCUGAAGAAGCUGAUUUAUAUCACAAGUAUGAUAUGAAUUUUGAGUUUGAUUAUUAUAAUUCUGUGCUGAUCAAUGAGAGAGAUAAAAAUGGGAAAUAUGUGGAGCUUGGAAAUGAGUUUAUUUUGGAAAGAAAUGAACAUUUCAACAAUUUGCCUGUGAACACCUCACUCAGUAACAUACAAGUCCCAACUAAUGUGUAUAAUAAAGAUCCUGAUAUUUUGAAUGGAGCAUACUGGUCAGAAGCAUUAAACACAAUCUUUUCUGAAAACUUUGGUCAAGAUCCAACUCUCACCUGGCAAUAUUUUGGAAGUUCCACGGGUUUCUUUAGACUUUAUCCAGGUAUAAAAUGGAUGCCAGAUGAAAAUGGAGUCAUAUCUUUUGAUUGCAGGAACCGAGGCUGGUAUAUUCAGGCUGCAACUUCCCCAAAGGAUAUUAUCAUACUGUUCGACAUCAGCGGCAGUAUGAAAGGUCUCAGAAUGACGAUAGCCAAACAUACCAUCAACACCAUCCUGGACACAUUGGGUGAAAAUGAUUUUGUCAAUAUUAUCGCUUACAGUGAUUACAUCCAUUAUGUUGAGCCCUGCUUCGAAGGAACACUCGUGCAAGCUGACAGAGACAACCGAGAGCAUUUCAAGCUGCUGGUUGAUAAACUUAAUGCCAAAGGAACAGGAGUUGUAACUAAGGCGCUCAUCGAAGCCUUCAUAAUCUUGAAUAAGUUUAAUGAGACAGGACAAGGCAGCCUGUGUAACCAAGCCAUCAUGCUGAUCACAGAUGGUGCAGUUGAGGAUUAUGAAUCUGUAUUUGAACAAUACAAUUGGCCUGACUGUAAGCUAUUUCAAUCUGCAGCACAUAGUCUGCUCCUCAUGACAACUGUGGCAAUGCCAGUCUUUAGCAGAAAGAAUGAAACUAGAGCACAUGGUAUCCUUCUUGGGGUUGUAGGAACAGAUGUUCCACUGAAAGAGCUGUUAAAGUUAGCUCCGAGGUAUAAGCUUGGAGUCCAUGGUUAUGCAUUCCUGAAUACCAAUAAUGGUUACAUACUAGCCCAUCCUGAUCUCCGGCCUUUAUACAAAGAUGGAAAGAAAACAAAGCCAAAACCAAAUUACAACAGUGUGGACAUUUCAGAGGUGGAGUGGGAAGACACCUAUGAAGUUCUCAGAACAGCUAUGGUGAAUGGUGAAACUGGAUCAUUUUCAAUGAAUGUUAAAGUACCUGUUGAUGAUGGGAAACGUGUCUUGUUUCUAACCAAUGACUAUUUCUACACACACAUCGAUGACACGCCUUUCAGCCUGUGUAUUGUUCUUACAAGAGGACAUGGUGAAUCUCUGUUCAUUGGAAAUAUAUCUGUGGAAGAAGCAACUGCCCAGGACCACAGAUAUGGGUUGUGUAAGCAGAAAGAAGCAAAGAUUGGGGAUCAUCUUAGGUGCAUAUGGCAGAUAAUGGAAGCUUGCACUCCUCAGUCAGGGCCAGAAUUGAAUUCUGGCGACUUGAAGAAGCUUUAUUGUGUAACUGACAUUGAUCCGGACCAUCGCAAGCUAUCACAAAAAGAAGCUGUAAUUCGUUAUCUUACUGGACAGGAACCAGAUUUGGAAUGUGAUGAGGAGUUGCUGCAAGAGGUUCUCUUUGAUGCUGUAGUAACUGCUCCAAUUGAAGCUUACUGGACAGCUAUAGCCAUGAACAUUUCUGAAAAUAAUAAAGAUGGUGUUGAAGUGGCUUUCCUGGGCACUCGUGCAGGCUUGAUGCGAAGUUGUCCCUUUGUAGGAAAGGAGAAGAGCUCAAACAAGAAGUUCUUCACGACUCAGGAUAGACAUAGUAUUUUCACAAUGGACCAUUUUCCACUCUGGUACCGACGGGCUGCUGAGCACCCAGCUGGACAUUUUGUUUACUACAUAGCUUUUGAGGAAGACAUAGGAAAGAAGAACAGAAGUAAAAUGGUAACAGCAAGUACGGUAGUAAGUGUUACUGUGAGCAAAAGGAUGGCCAUUGCAGCAGCUGUUGGCGUGCAGAUUAAUCUCCCAUUAAUGCGUCAGAAAUUCUGGAUGGCUACACGGCAGUCUAAUGAUACAGAUUGCAGCAACAUAGAAGGUACAUGUCCCAUUAGCUGUGAACAUGAUGCUCUGAAUUGUUUCUUAAUAGAUAACAAUGGGUUCAUUCUGAUCUCCAAGAAAGAGGAAGAGACAGGGAAGCUUCUGGGAGAAGUGGAUGGGUCAGUGAUGACGCAGCUGCUGAACAUGGGGCUGUUCACUGAGGUGAAACUUUAUGAUUACCAAGCUAUGUGCAAAGGGGCCACCAAUCACCACAGUGGAUCACAGCCUAUGCUCAGUCCUUUCUACGUUAUUUUGGCUGCUCUAAAAUGGUUCCUGAGCAAUUUAUUCAUAUUUUUCAUUGAAUUCAACUUCUGUGAUCUGUGGAAUGGGGAAGGUUUAGUGAAUGCCAAAACUGUCUUCCAUUUUGGUCAUAAGCACCGGAAAGUGGAGGCCUUUCAGCCCUGCAACACAGAGUACCCAGCUUUUGUGUAUGAUGACACGAUCAAAGAAGCAAAUGGAUUUGUUGAAUGUGGAGACUGUCAGAAAAUGUUUGUUGUGCAGAGCAUUGAAAACAGCAAUCUACUCCUCCUAGUGACAGAAGCAUACUGUGACUGCAGCAUCUUCCCACCAGUAACACUGGAACCAAAAGAAGUGAAAUAUAAUAUUAGCCUUCAUUGCAAGAGGAUGAGAAUUCAGAAGUAG